AUGAUGACAGAAACAACUGAAGAAUCAACUUUGGAUAAAUUACUCAAAUCUCGUUACCCAUUGACAUAUUAUUUAAGUCGACAACAACAAUUUAUAAAUUCCUUUUCAUCAAAACAAACUGUUGCAGAACCAACACCUCGUCGUCCUUCUUCUGAUGCUGGAACAAUCGUGGGACAUAAACGAAAGACACCACUACCACCACCACCUUGUUUUAAUGUACCUGAUACACUUGAUUUCGAUGCAACAGAAUAUGGACAUAAUGAUGAAAUCAAUGAAAGUGCAGCCAUGGAAGAAGAUAAUGACACAUUAUUAUUAAAAAAUAUCAAUACUCGAGCAAAUGAUAGUACAAGUGAUAUUAUUAAUGAAAAACAUUCUUUAUUUAUUCAACGUUCGUCAGCAAUUGAACUAGAAUUUUCUCCAUAUGAGAAUAAUUCUCCAUUACGACAAGCAAUAGAAAAUGGUUUAAAUAUAAUUAAUAAAUAA